AUGAAUCCUAGUGAUAUGGUAACAGAAGACGGUCGGGGAAGACCAAAGCUUCAGAUCAAUCUAAUCAAGUCAACUGUGAUCUGUCCAAAGGAGGAACGAGAACUGUUGAGAACAGCAAAUCCGAAAGCGUAUCAUCAGUUGGAAAAAGACGCUAGCGGAACAUCAGCCGAUAGUCGCAACCAGCAAAUCGAGGACAUACCUUAUGCCAAGACAGCAAGUGAAGUCCACGAUGUAAUAAAAGUUGAGAACCACAUCACGGAGCAUCUCACGAAGUUUGGGAUCGAUUGGUUCUUUGUCAACACAGUAUUUCCCAUCAAGAACAGGAACGGGGAAUUUGAACAAAGCAAGCUUGAGAAUCGAGCGGCAAAUCUUUUGUCAGGUUAUGCAACUCUUACCUUGGAAGAAGUCUUCGACUCAGUCGUAUACCUCUAUGGAUACGGUUAUGACGAAAGUCAGGGUGAGAAUUCUUGGAUGCCAACAGAUCUUCAAUGGUCUGGAACAUAUCUCAAGAAUCAAUGCACGAGCGAUAUGAUCGAUCGUAUCGAGGAAGACUUGAAGAGCGCAGGGAUCUCGAAAGACUUCUGGGGGUGGGGUCCACUCAUCUACAAAGUUCUUAUGGAUCGUAUCUCUGCUAGCAGCUAUCACGCACUCAAGGCACUUCGGGACUCUCUCGAAGAAGGUGAUGGCAUCAAUUUGUACUCCAAGGUAUAUGAUGGCAAUAUCCGCAAGUUCUGCACGGAAAUUGAGCUCAAUCUUUUAAAUCAAUGGGAGACGGAGGGAACACAAGCGGCUGCCUUCACCGCCGACAUCAGUCCACCCAAAGGGAAAUCAGGAUCCAAGUGCUUCGGGUGUGGACGCGAUAGCUGUCGCCAGAGCAAUGCCACUUGUCCUCGUCACAAUCUGGAAGCAAAUCCCGAAGGGAAGAAGGCCAAAGCUGCUUUCGAUGCAGCCAAGGCAGCGAAGAAAGCCUCGAAGGAAUCUGGGAAGAAGGGCGAUCAAGUUUCCAAGGGCUCAGAGAAGGGAGACAAGACCAACAAGACCGGAAAGAGCAAAUGGCCUCCAGCUCCAAAGGGAGAUGAUCCCAAGGAACAAGAAAUCAAUGGAACCUUGCAUUUCUAUCACUUCAAAGACAAAAAGUGGUACAAGUGCAGAAAGCAGAAAACAACUGGAGAAGACGAACCGUCGCCAAAUACCGGCCCCAGUGCGCACCUCGCGCAAUCAAACGGUGUUUGGAACGGGAACGGUCUAUUCGCGGGAAUGAGUGGAUAUUUCUCUGAAGAGUUCUCCAAGGUCAAGGUCGGAGAUGCUACCAACGAAGAAGUCAUGUUGCAAGAGCGUCUACUCAAGAAUGCCGUUGACAGGGCAAUCCGUAACUUUAACAAGAACCUGGGCCAAGAGUGA